CCCGGCCAAAGGCGGCGCGGUGACGCCAUUUUGCGUGGCCCACCUCGCCGCUCGCCUCCUCCCUCGGCGCACGCCUUGCUCCUCCACCGCCUGCCGUUCAUGUCUUCGCCGCCGUCGUGGUUGCCCUUUCUUCCCUUCGUUAAGAGCGGCGGCGGGCACUAUACCACGGCUUGUUGUAAUCGUAGUGGUGGUGGUGGCGGCAAUGUCGUCCUUCUCGGAGUCCGCGCUGGAGAAGAAGCUGAGCGAGCUGAGUAACUCGCAGCAGAGCGUCCAGACGCUCGCCCUGUGGCUCAUCCACCACAGGAAGCACUCCCGCAGCGUCGUGCAGGUCUGGCACCGCGAGCUCAAGCGAGCAAAGCCGAGCCGGAAGCUGACAUUCCUCUACCUGGCCAACGACGUGAUCCAGAACAGCAAGAAGAAGGGGCCCGAGUUUGGACGAGACUUUGGGCCCGUGCUGGUGGACGCCUUUGGACAUGUGGCCAGAGAGGCGGAGGAUUCCUGCAAGAGGCCCAUGGAGCGCGUGCUCGCCAUCUGGCAGGAGAGAGCCGUCUUCGAGGCGGACUUCAUCGACCAGAUCCGACGGGCCAUCGGUUCCCUGCCCGGUGGCGACGCGCCAAAGAAGGCGGCGCCGGACGUGAGUCGGCAGGCGGAGGAGAAGAGGCCGCCUCCCGUCGCCGCAGGCCACGCCAGCGGCAACGGCGGCGACAAAAAGGCGGCCAAGCGGCGGCACGAGCAGGUGCAGGUGGCCAAGACUGAGGAGGAGGACGACGACGACUACCUCGUCAACUGCUCCCCGCGCGAACCCCCCGAGACGGAGGAGCUGAUCAAGGCACUGCAGGAGCUGGAACAAGCGGCGUCGGGAGAUGCGGCGGUGCGGCGCAGGAUAGCAGCGCUGCCUCCUGAGGUGCAGGACCCCUCGCUACUCUCCAAGAUCAAAGAUGCACCUUCGGCGGAGCGGCUGUCGCGGAUGGUGGAGGAGGCGUGCGUGCUGUUGGCCGACUACAACGGGCGGCUCGCGGCCGAACUUGAUGACCGCAAGCAGCUGGCGCGCAUGCUCGCUAACUACCUGCGCUCGCAGAAGGAGCUGCUCGCCCAGAAGGAGCGCAAGCUGGAGGAGUACAAGCAAAAGCUGGCGAAGGUGACGCUGGUGCGGAAGGAGCUGAGGACGCACAUCCAGAACCUGCCCGACUUCUCCAAACUUCCCGCGAGCACCAAGGGGCUGGCCCCGCUACCUUCGGCGGGCGACCUCUUCUCUAAAGACUGAACGAGCGUGCGGCCUGUCUCUCACUGUCUCUCGCCCGCCUGCGCGCCCAGGGCUCUUAAGUUGUGUAUAUAUUUUUGGUGCCAGACCGCUUAGCAAUUUGGCACCGCCGCGCCGGGUUGGGUCUUGCAGUCAGGCCAGGCCGACGCUUAGCUGUCACAAUCCACCGGGCGUCGACGGAGGGCUUUCCGGUUCGCCGACUCAGCGAUUGUCUCCGAAAAAUUCCGUGUCGCACCGUGACCCUGGAGCCCAAGCUCUGGAUUCUGGCCCAUCCCCUGGCUGCCUGCAGCCAGGGGAUGGGCACACAAAUCGCUCCCGGGCAGCGCGACACCACCCUGGGCUUGCUGGGGAGGCGGCACUGAAGGCGUUGGGGGGGGGGAGUGGUGGGGGCGGGGGGGAGGUCUGUGACCAACCACCACGGAGCAAAUCCCAAUUGGCAUUGCCCUGCUGACGAUCACAGAGAGCGGAGUUUAGUUUAUCCUGGCGAAUAAAUAUGAAAGCGUCGAGCGUUUGAAUUCCGUUUGGGUUUUCAAACGCAUCCCUGUUGCGCGUAAGAGGAUGACGGCGGCCCUGUUUCCGGUGGAAGCUUUUACCGAGUUCGCUCUACAGAGCCUGCUCAAUACAUUUUAUAAAUAUUUUAUUAUUAAGAGUGCGACUCACAUAAGUAAGCUCUGGACCCGCGUCCAAAGUGGAUUUAUUGGGGCCGCCGUCCCGUUUGUUUGGCGGGACCUCCUCUGGCAACCCCACCAAAACAGAGUGGCCGUUUGCGUAACGCACCUCGAGUGGAAACGUUCUUUGUCGUUGAAGCGCAGUCGAAAGUCAAGGAGGAACGGUCAAAGUCCUACGUCGCACACUGCCUGCGUCUGUUUGACUUGUGGCAUGUGGAUCCGGCCUUGUGGUGAUCACGAGAGAGUCGGAGCUUUCUAUCCCCGGUGCUUGGAUGACGCAUGGGGAGAGUUGGCCUCAAGUUGAUGUUGACGAGGUCUGGACACCACACUUUGCACCGCUCUGUCAACGCGCUUGCGACAUUAAACAGUCAACUCUAAUAGAGAUGUCAAAUGUAAAGUUGAACAGCAUAAUGUAUGUAAUCAGUCUGUUGUUGAAAAAAUGAUUUUAAGAGUAAUAGAGUGUUUUUUUUGUUACUUCUGGCGGUGCGCACAUGAAGUGGCGCGUAGGCCGCUAUUACAAGGGUCGGUGACGCUUCAUUUUUUAAAACUUGUUUUGCCAUGCAGUUUUAUGUCUUGUUUAUCGAUCCGGUGCGUUCAUUCUGCUGGAAACUGCUUGCGAUUCUGUUUAAAGACAAACUCCCCCCCCCCGAUAACAACGAUGCAUGGUGUAUUUAAUUUGUACGUGACAUUACUACUUCUGUAACAGCUCACGAUUGUGGACAGUUGUCGACUCGAGGUGCGGGCGGAGCGUGCCCGGUGUGACUCCCUCGGUCUCCACGGCCACAUUUCGGCUGUUCCCAAUGUUUUCCCGCGUCUGUACAAAUUUUUGCAAUAAACUGAAAAUUCACGCGUUUCUCCUCCCACACCCCCCGCCCGCCGCCCUCCUCCCACUACCGUCAUCAUCUUCGGUACGCGUUCGUACACAUCGUUGAUGUCAAGUCAAUUGCCGUAGCUGGCCUGGUUUUUAUUAUUAAUAUUAUUACUUUUACGCUUGUUUACCCAGGUUAAGCCUCGCCGAGUGCUGACUUUUAUUUCAAGAAAGUCCUGAUACAAUUUCGCAGUGGGGCAGGGCCCGCGAUUGCCUCCGGUUAGCACGGUUGGCUGCGUACGGUGUGAAAGAAGUUCAACAUUCUUACAGAUACUACACAAUCCCAGGUUGAAUAAAUAGCGAGGUGGUCUUAUUUUUUUGCCAACUUUGGACUGCGUGGCGCAAGCACACGUGGCCUUAAUGCUCCUUCGAACGCCGUCGCGGGAUCUUUGACGUCCACUGUGCAUCAGACGGCGGGGAGCGUUUUCUGGUUAAGACGCCUACAGCAAUCAGAAUCGGAAUAUUGUAUUUAUACUGGAGGAAUCCGAUGAGCUGUAAAGCUAUUUUUCACAGAUGUCAAGUAGGGGUGGGUUAAAACGUUACAACAGCAAACAAUACAAAAACACGAUGGGAGUGCAAACUCCGGCAAAGGUAAACAAAUCGCCCAAAAGCCUACAGAUAAAACUAUACAAUCCCCUUUCUACCAGGCAAAGCCCACCGAGGUAGUAACUUAUUUUUUCAGAAGCAACCUGGCCAAAAAUGAUAGCUCAAAGUGGCCUAUCAUGUGGAAAUGUACAGCAGCAAAUUAAUUUUCAACUAAUGCACGUUUCUGUAUAAAUUCCCAGGGCGGCCUGUCGGGUUUGAAAACCGUGAGCCUCUACGACAAACGGAGAAUGCGCUGCCGCUGUUCCAUAUCCAGGGCCACUUGCAAAUUAAACUCAAUCCCGGUCUCGUGAGUUCUCACCCAAAAAUAAUUACGUGAUGGUUGGAUUGUUGUAAUCCCUCAUUUCAUUGCACUGUAAAUGCCCCCCGGUUUUUUUUUAUUAUUUGUGGACUCAAUAAAUGAGCCCUGGAAUUUCCACCGCCGCUUUGUGAAUGUAUCUUAAGAAUACUGACGAAUCCUUUCCCGAUCGACGGUGCGGAGUCGAGCGGUGGUGGUGGUGGUGGUUGGCGGCGGCGUGCCGCGGAUAAACACUGCAGGACCGCGUUCUCGCACCGGUCGCCUUCGCUCCAUGAGCAGUCGAGAACGAGUGGUGGCGGUUUUCGACGACGAGUGUUAAUGAUCCCACGCCACCCGGUGAUUCGAUUUGGUUGUCUCCAUUCAUGCUAUGAUUUAUAUUCGUCAGUCGCAACAUGUCUGCGUUUGUCGCCUGUUGCUAGAGGUUUGCACAUGAUGCGUCAAUAAAUCAACCCAUAAUUCGUAAGGGGCCACGAUGCACGCGCAUCAUCGAAUUGUGUAGAAAGAAAUAUGUAAUGUGUGUGCAGGUGUUACUGAUGUUACGAGCAAGACGGGGGGGGGGGGGCGGAUGAGAGAAUACAAACGAGACGGUAAAAAUUGGACAAUCGAUUGUUGACUCGUAACAUGCCCCGGUAUCGUGGAAAUUCAAAUCCCCGAUGAGUUGAAUCCUCACCCGACGUUUUUUUUACCGUCUCGUUUGUUGUAAGUUUUUCUGUCUCGGUUGUACACUUUGAUGUUUGCACUUGUUAAGCCUAAAUGUCAGAAUCAGAAUAUUUAUUUAUACUGGAGGAAUCCGAUUACCUAUAAAGCUCUUUUUCACAGAUGUCCAGUAGUUUUUACAGAUGUCCAAAUGGAAUACUAGCGAGCCAUUUUGUAUGUUGAGUUGCGGUUGCAUUCACAUGCUAUAUAAAUCCAAGUUGUACAUAGUUAUCAUGCUUUGGAAAUAAUAGA